AUGCACUGAAACGGAAACGAAAGUAAGUAGCUGGCUAGAUGGAAGACGUACUUUGUCGCUUAACAACCUUGAAUAAUAAAAGUUAGCGUGUGUUUGGUAAAUAUUUGAGUAAGGACAGUCACACCGAAUGCCAAAAAUCAAAUUCAGCUUGACAUCAUAUAUAGUUAACUAUACGUCAGAAAUUACAGUAGAUAGACCGGUUAGUAGAUAAGUGGACAGCUAGCUGCCUGGCUAAGCCUCGAGAUUUGUUUGGAUCCGUCAAGUUUCAGCGCUUUAAAUUCCUGUUUCCGGGAAAGCAUGGCUGAUGCAGUGAUGGCAGAAGACCAGAAAUUCUGUUUGCGAGAGGUACUUGAUACAUUUAAGUCAUGUCUCUCGGAAGAUAAGGAGGUUUUGAUCGAUCAAUAUGUGGCUGGAUGGCGUGGGCUUGUGAGGUUUAUGAAUAGCUUGGGGACCAUCUUCUCCUUCAUCUCAAAGGAUGCGGUCAGCAAGAUCCAGAUCAUGGUCAGCCACCGCAAUGGGGAAAACGGUGCGCAGUACGUCACUAUCCAGUCCAUGGUGAAGUACGAGCUUGACAAUGAUCUGGUGGACAUCACCAAGAGGGGCAGCUACCCCGAGUCCGGCUGCCGCACGCUUUUGAGGCUGCACCGGGCCUUGCGCUGGCUGGAGCUCUUCCUUGAGCGUCUGCGCACCAGCACUGAGGACAGCAAGACCUCCGUCAUGUGCUCGGAGGCCUACAAUGAGUCACUGGCCAAGUAUCACCCGUGGCUCAUCCGAAAGGCCUCCAACAUGGCCUUCUGCGCCCUCCCAGGGCGCCCCACGUUCUUUGAGGUGAUGAACGUGGGCACCCCGGAGCAGGUGGUGGCCAUGCUGGGGGACGCCCUGCCCCUCAUCUCAGAGGUGUAUCAGGUGACAGAGGAACUGUAUUCCAAGCAUGACCUCCUGGACCUGCCCUAGCAGAGACAGCAUUGGGUGGGAUCGGAUGUAGCCAUUUUUUAAUUGGGGGUUUGUUGGGGGCCAAGCUGCUAUUCCUCAUUGUAAAUUACAUAGGUGUUAAAUGUAUCAGUUUCCAGUCUCAGAAUAUUAUUAUGAUUAUCAUUAUUAUUGUUGUUGCAUUUUUAGCCUUUCUUUCACACAACGUUGGUAAUCGACAGUUCUACUACUGACAUUCGUCUCACUGCGACCACUUCUGCAUUCAUGGAGCAGAGGUUGAGGCGAAUGCAAUCCUCUGAUACACCAACACACUACUGCAGCUAUUUUUUGCACUACAAGUAUAGCAGCGCAUUACAGUGAAUUAGCACUACUCCACUGAUGCGAUCUGAGCAACUUGCAGGUUCCCAGGUCGCAGAAUGCUGAGAGUGGUGUGAUGCGGGAACUGUGGCCGACCUUGAUUUCUCAAUCUGGGCUUUUGCUAAGAUUGUUAGGCCCCCGCUCAAAGUAGCUGUAAUGCUCUUUAUCCUUAACCUUCAGCCGCAAAUUAAAGGAGGUAUUUCAUUUUUGUUUUUGUUAAUUUCAUUGGCUGCCCAGGUCAUAAUGCUGUGUCCGGAAGGACAAAAUCUAACACUUGCUUAAAUUGCAAGUUUGGGCAUUAGUCUUCCUACACUUUCAUUUUUUGAGUUCCCAAGUAAUCAAGGGGUGAAUCACAAUAGAAGGCCAUAUUUAAUUGUAAUAUUACAGUAUUGUAUAGCCAAUUGUCACUUUUAGACUUGUCGUACGUGGUAAUUUACUACUAUACUGUUUGUCCAUUUCCAUGUUGUGUUCUGCAUAUGAAGUCAAGAAGACUGAGAAUGAUAGGCACUGGCAUCUAGUACAGUUGUGCCUGGAAUGUAUUGUGGUUUUUUCAUCAGGAGUGAGUGCAUCUUACACACUGUAUUAGGUGUCUACUGCAGAAUUGUUGGAAUUGGGGUAGACUCCACAGAAAUUUUGAAAGAUGGGUGUGUUGGUAUGUAUUAGCCACCUCAAGCUGCUAGUACAAUUGUUGCUGCAUGCAGCUUGCUAUUUUCUUGCUUGCUUGUUCAGAGGUGCAUAACUUCAAGGCAUACAUUUACAUUUACAUUUAUUUAUUUAGCAGACGCUUUUAUCCAAAGCAUACAAAAUUGCCUACUCCUUCGAGCAAGUCGGUCAGCAAUUUUUCCACCAAAUGUGCUUCAGUCAUGGUCUCUGCAGAAAACAAACCUUUCUGUUGUUAUGGAUGCUGAGUAAGCCCCUGUCUUGUGUUGCUGUUCCUGUUCCUUUUUGAAAAAUGUCCCUUCAAAAAACAAAACAAUAGUGUAGCAGCUGUUCUUCACAAAGAAACGCAGUCAGAGAGCUAUAGAACGAAGUGGACACAAAGGCAGAACCCCGAAUAGAGUUGUAUCUGCAUCAUGAGGUGGUGACACACUCUGACCCCAGGUUUUAAAACUUGUGUGGUGUGUUACAUAAAGUAAUGGGAGUUUUCCUUACAAUUGAAUAGAUGAGAACCAUGUAUGCAGUCAAUCUUGAACAAAGUUACAGCCAUGGCUAGUCACAAUGAACUCCCUCCAUUCUUUCAUGUUGCCAAUGAGCUGGCAGGCUAACUUUAGUUAGUGGCAAACAUGAGGGAAAUAUGAUUGUUCUGUUAUCGUUUUCCUGUUGUUUGCCUUUCCUCUGAUGUUAUUGAAAAUAAAGCUACUUGUCUGCAUUAAGAUCUAAGAACAUUGGGUAGGU